AUUCCAUACGGUUGCUACGCUCCAGUUAACGACCCAGUUCAAGAUAGCGCAAAAUGCACUAUUUUAGUAAACUUGCAUUAUCCUGAAGAAACAAGUAACUCGUGUAGUAUAGAUGACACCGAUGUUUGAUCAUUACCCAUGGUUUAUGACAUAGUUAAUGACGUACAAGCUAAAUGUGGAGUAAUAAUUUCGGGGUUUUUGCCAAAGCAUGAUGGAUCCCAACAAAUGAAGAACGUAAGCUUGAGCUUAACAUCACCAUUUUUCUCAAACUCCGAUCCGACUGAAUACAGACUCACUUUGCGAACAAGUGGAAAUCAUCAACAUAAAAUAUGGAAAGAUGCCCUGUUACCUGAAAUGCAGUUAAAUAUAAUUGUAGACGAGAGAUUCGAGUCAAAUAUAUGUUACUCUCAUGUUGAUCCCCAUAUGUGUACUUGUGACGGAAGGACUUAUGAGAACAACUCCUUCAAUGGGUCGUUUAUAUUGUACUAUCAUGACUCUGGGAUACAGGUUCAAAUGAAAACGACUCCCUGCAAUGACAAUAGGGCAUAUUGCGCAUGCGCAGUGGCAGUGCGAGCUGGUGGUGAUGUCUUUCUCAUAAAUCGUUGCGGUGGUUUACGUUUUAUCGACAUGACCUCUUGUAAAGAUGGCGGAGUAUUGAUUGUUAGGAAAAAUUCAGAAGUUGACUAUCAGGUACAAACUAAUAUAGGGACGUUGAUCAAGAUAACUUUAUUGACUGGAGACUAUGCAAAUAUGAUGAAUAUUGAUAUACAUAUGGCUCCAAAGGACCUCGAUAGAAUCAAAGGAUUAUGUGGAACAUUUGACAAAAACAAGAACAAUGAUUUUCACGACAGAAACGGGGCCACAGUUAGUGUAAACAAAUUUUUAGAUGCAUGGACACUUAAGAACACGGAUGUCGAUUUGUUGACGCCAACAUGUAAUUUAAAUGUUAGUACAUGGACAGCAGACAACCAAGCUCUUUAUUGUACUUGUCGAUGUCAUGAUACAGAAUAUGAUUGCGGGGCUCCUGAAGUGGAGGCAAGGUGUUCUCCAUCGCAGUACGUGAACUGUACUGUAAGUAACAGUAAAACGAGUGAACUAUGCGAGUAUUUCAAUAAACGGUGUUAUAUCCCAUUAAGAGCAAAGCGGGAUGAAAAAUUGAUACUAAAACAAGAUCCUGAAAUUGAAAUGAGACGUCUAGCUGCAAGGGCAAACCUUCCUGAUAAGUUUAUUGCAAAGAGAGAAGUUAAAAGAGAUGUUGAUGAGUUUAUUACGGAAGAAAUGGCUAGAAGUGAGUGCACCGACUAUUUGCACACAGAAGUUAUUGAACAGAAAUCGGAAUUAUUAGGUCCAUUCAAUUUAUCUCAAGCCAUUGAGGAAUGUACCUGGGAUGUUAAUAUAGGACAAGAUCGUGGAUGGAUGGAGACUCACAAACAAGCAGCUCUAUCCGCCAUUUAAACAAGAUACAAAAGGGAUGCUAAUUACACGAUUUCUCACACUGACGAACUGAAAUAAUUCAAAACAAAAACAUGCCCUUACGAUUGUAAUGGAAAUGGCGUCUGCUUAGAAAAUGGAACAUGUUCGUGCAGCAUUGAUUUCUUCGGACCAACCUGUAGUAAUAUUAAAUCAGAAGGGCCAGUAAUUGAGGAUAUUGAGGGAGGAGGGUUCUGUGAUCAGAGCUAUGGCAGAGACUGUAGCUGUUCCGCUGUUCAGUUGGAGGCUUUACACGAAUUCUUCUUCUGCAAAAGAGUUAUGAUACAG